AAAGGAUACUUCGAGAUUUUGGCAAUGAGGUCCUUAACAUUGAGGGCCAUUAUCUACUUCCCCAGAGUCAGAUGAACUCAUGGAUACCAGUUGUAUGUAUAUGUCCAGUAUGAAGGAAGGUAGUGGUAGUUUCGCGAGCCAAUGUUAACUGACCUUAGCACAACGACUGCAAAUCUAUGGUAUCUACUAGCAUGCCUAAUAUUCAACUCUUAAACCCUUAUUAUUCGUAUGGUUUUCAGUCGUUAACUUCGCCCACGUUUGGCUGUACUACAAUUCCGAAACUGUGUUUUAACGUUUAGAAACGUCAACAAUCAUAUGCGAACCCGUUUUUGUAAUCUAUGCCCCUUAUCUUUCGUAUCGGCAAUAAACUCUUGAAAAAUAUACACUUACUGCAGCAGUCCUGCGCUGAUCCAAAAGCUGUGUGUGCCUCCAGUUGGCGAACUACAGUACACUUUCUCCCUACCCAGUUACAGUUACACUGGCGUUCAGAGCAUGCUAGUGUAACAGGUGUGAAACGGAGAGCUAGUUAGCGUUUCAAACGUCACUCGCUCUGAGACUUGGAGUAGUGAUUCCCCUUGCUCUGCAAGGCCGGCGGCUUUUGUGGCGCGAUGGGUAACGAUGCUUCGAGGGUUGUCUGUGUGCAGAGGGUCCCUGGGGCGAGGAGAGGGACGGAAGCUAUACUGUUACACUAAUUAGGACAGGUGGAUUUCCAUCUGUCUUGCGUAAACGAGCGAUGUAACCUGGAAAUAUGGCUGUGAGAACAAUAACCCAAACACUGUCGUGUUAUAAUUUAACCAUUUGUUUUUUAAAGUAUAUUUGUCGCUGAUAUGAAGAUGGCAACGUUCCUUGUUUCCAAAACCGUACCGCAAGUGAUGCGUGUUAACCUUCAGAACGCGCAUACGGGCCAUUAAUGUUCCCCCGACCAGAAUAUACAUGCUUCUUCUGGCAACAACACUUAAACUUGCCACAGCUAUUGAGAGCUACAUAUUUCGUCCAUACUAGGCAACAUCACAAGGGACCGUGACCACGUCUGUAAAUUCACUUUGACAGUUGGCACUACAGAGGCUAACCCAUUCAUAGACUCGCCUAACUGCUUUGGCCCCUAUUGACUGUAGUAUCUUCUGCUGGGGGACUUUUGUUAAGAUCCCAGACACUCGUUCUGACGUUAAAAUACAUCGCUUGCGGUAUGGUUUGGCAACAUAUCUGUUAAAUUACUGCACACCUUUGCUUUAUAGAGUUAUGGUUUGUUUUCCCACAUGGACAUAUCUCCAUGUUACAGCGCUUAUUACAGACGACACCAGUGCUAUCUAGCGUGCUCAACACCUAUGUAAAUGUAACUGUGGAGGAAGUGUAGUUCAUUGGUUCGAGGUAAACAGCGGUAUGGAACUGUGCAAACCUGCUACACAACACAGAGAUCGACUGGAAGGCGUAUAUGGAUGAGGUAGAGGGAGUCAUCAACGGCACCUACGACUACACCCAGCUCAAAGGAGACACAGGCCCUCUGGUGUACCCAGCAGGGUUUGUGUACAUCUUCACAGCGUUGUAUUACGUUACCAACCAUGGGGUGAAUAUCCGCCUGGCCCAGUAUUUGUUCGCUGUCUUCUACCUGCUCACUCUGCUACUCGUCUUCAGGAUAUACCACCGCACCAAGAAGGUUCCUCCCUAUGUGUUCUUCUUUGUGUGCUGUGCCUCCUACCGGAUCCACUCCAUCUUCGUCCUGCGUCUUUUCAACGACCCCGUGGCCAUGAUGAUGCUGUUUGGGGCCGUCAAUUUUUUCUUGGACGGCCGCUGGACUUUGGGCUGCGGGCUCUACAGUUUAGCAGUGUCUGUGAAGAUGAACGUGCUCCUGUUCGCCCCGGGCCUUCUCUUCUUGCUGCUGUCUGAAUUUGGCCUGAUGAGGACCAUACCCAAGCUUUCUCUCUGUGCUGCCAUCCAGUUGUUGCUGGGCCUACCCUUCCUGAUGGAGAAUCCAAUUGGUUAUAUGACCCGGGCCUUUGACCUGGGUCGUCAGUUCAUGUUCACAUGGACAGUGAACUGGCGCUUCCUGCCGGAGUGGCUGUUCCUGAGUCGCUACUUCCACCUGGUGCUCCUGGCUGCCCACCUGCUAGCCCUGCUGCUAUUUGCCCUGCGCCGCUGGAAGAGGCCUGAAGAGAGCAUCAUGGAACUGCUGAAGGAGCCAGACAAGAGAGUCCUCCUUGCACAGAAACUCACCUCAGAUCAGAUGGUGCUGAUCCUCUUCACGUCUAACUUCAUCGGCAUGUGCUUCAGCCGCUCGCUGCACUACCAGUUUUAUGUCUGGUACUUCCACACCCUACCCUUCCUGCUCUGGAGUGGAGGGGUCAAGAAGCUGGCUCACCUACUCCGGGUUUUGAUCCUGGGUCUGGUGGAGCUGUCAUGGAACACCUACCCGUCUACCAUAUACAGCUCAGCAGCCCUCCACCUGUGUCACCUCAUCAUGCUGCUCUCCUUGUGGUUCGCCCAGCCCCCAGCCCGCCAGGGAGAGAAUGCCAAGAGCCAGUAAAAUUAGCCCCUAGAGGACCCUCCCGUCCACCCUAGGCUGGUUCUCACCCCUCGCCUCACCGUGUCUUACCUAUUUCCUCAUGACACACAGGAGGUUAUUGAGGUGGAGUGGGGUCUGUCUUUAAACGCAUCGGUUUGUUGCUACCACACACAUCGCUGUAGCUCUGCUAGCGUAUAGCGGUACAUACAGGUGAGAGAAGGGACUGAGUGAGACUGCAUGUGGGGUGUAUUACGAUUUGGCAGUCGUGCAGGUUUGUGGCGUGGGAGGAAGCUGAAAACAAUUAGGAUUCUCAGGUUAAAGAGUGAAAUAAUACAAAUCUAAGAGUGGGAGUCUAGUGGUGUGGAGAAACGCUGAAUGUUUUGCUGUGUCGUCUAGAACAUCUUAGGGAAGGAUCUCUUGCUUGCAGUAUGUUUUGUGUCAACUACCUUUUCUUGUGAAGUAUUAUCUGGUCUUGUCGAUAAUCGAGUGAGAAACUCUUCGGUCCCCAUGCUGGCAACCAGCUGUUCUGAACCUCUGAUACUGGACCAUUUGUUGUUGUAAAGAUGGUUUCUAUGUGCGUUUGUCUUAACUCCGUAUCAGGGAAUUUUUACUUUGCUACAACUUAUUGACAAAGCUUUGAAUUGAACUGUCCUCUGCAAUAGAUUCUAGUCCUCUAACUCAGUUGGAAGAGCGUGGCGCUUGCAACGCCAGGAUAGUGUGUUCGAUUCCAGGGACCACCCAUACGUAAAAAAAAAAAAAUGAUGCACGCUUGACUAAGUUGUUUUGGUUAAAAGCAUCCGGUAGAUGGCAUAUAUUAUUAUAUUAAAUAUUUCUGUUUGUCCUUAACUCCAUACCUGGGAAUUUUUACUUUACUACUUAUUAAUGAACGCUUUAAAUUGAACCAUUCUCUGCAAUAAGCUUUUGGUGCCCCCCACUGGGCACAAUAGGAAUGACGUUGCCUAGCUAGCACAAGGCUUAUCAUAGGCAAAUACGUAAUUAUAUAUGUCAUUUCAUAUAAGAAUAUGACCAUGCAGAACUAAGCUGUUGACUGUCAUGAAUAUCUGUCUAUUGUUUUCAUUUUCUAAUAGUUUCUUUCAGAGAAUGUGGAUCAGUGUGUGCACUAGACUAAAUAGAAGAGUCCCAUUUCCCACAUCCAGAUUAAGCCUACACCUGGACGAAACACUCACUAAGGUUAUUUUAGUCCAAGAAUAGGCUUAAAUGAAUAGUUCCGCGUGGCAACAUAUUCACGUAAUUUUGCAGAACUUUCCUUUUAAUCCGAGUAGGAAACUGUCCCUUUUUUAAGUGUUAAUGUUCUUUAAUGAGCUGCCAUCGGUGAUAUUUAGUGCUCAUAUUUGUUUGCUGAUGUUUGAUUUGCAUGACUGUUUUGUGUUACACAUGAAGACAGAGAUUGAUUCCAAAGGUGUGUUUUAUUCUGUUCAUAAAGAUGUGAAAAUAAAAGGCAUAUCUCUAAAUAAA